AUAACAAACUAUUUUCCUAUUUCCUUCAAAGAAAUCACGAAGAUGAAAUUCCUGACUGUAUUCGCUCUCCUGGUGGCGGCCGUGGCUGCUGACUACAGCCACUGGUCUCUGCAUGAGCUCUCCGAGGCCAUCCAGAACCCUAACACUGACCCCGCUCUGCUGCCCGCCUUGGAGGAUGCCCUCAACCAAAUGAUGGACCAAAUCUUCGCUGAGAAACCCGUGGUACCUGCUGACGCCAACGCCCCCGUUGACCUGACUGGAUGGACCCUCCACGACCUGGUUGCCGCUAUGGAGAACCCUGAGACCGACCCCGCUCUCAUGCCCUACCUCGAGCACGCCCUCAACGAAAUGAUGGAUGCUAUCUACGCUGGUAUCCCCGUGGAAGCCGUCGGUGUUCCCCCCGUAUCCAUGGAAGUCUCCCACUGGACUCUUCCUGAGCUUUCUGAAGCCCUCCAGAGCCCUGAGACCGACCCUGCUAUGAUCCCCUACUUGGAACAUGCUCUUAACCAGAUGAUGGAUGCUCUUUACGCUGGACACCAGUUGGAAUCUAUUGCCAUCGUCGCCCCUGCCGGUCUGGCCCCUGCCAAGCCCGAGAUCGUCAACCCCGUGCCCGUUCCCAUGCCUGUGGUACAGCCUGCAGAACCCGCACCCAUUGAGACCCCCGUCCUCCCCGAAGCUGCCCCCGUACCUUCCAGCCCCCUUGUCCAGAUCAUCGUCAACAUCAACCAGCAAUAAAUUAAUAUCGGAAUUAUUUGAAUAGAUGACUUUCUAUACAAAUAAAUGAAGCUAUUAUUGUUCAUAUGUGGUCUGUUUUGUUAUUGAGAUAUAUUUAUUAAAAGUCAAAGUCAAAGUAAUAUAAUCCUAUUGAAGAA